AUAACCCCAACCCAAGCAAGAAGAGAGUUUUUGAAGAGUCCAUAUAAUACUUAUUCACCACCCAUUAUAGUAUUUCCUCGGCUUAUGAUAUUGCACCACAAAUGGGGCACCAUGGCCAUGGUCUAUCAUAUUCAAGAGGAGGAGGACCGUUGAUCUGGUGCCUGAGGUGGGCCAUCAUGGCAUUGGCCACCACAUGUUCCAUCGCCGACGAUUCCGGUGGCAGUGUACCUUCUACUGGCCUACUAUGUAUCAGUGAAUGCGCUACAUGUCCUGUUAUUUGUUCAUCGCCGCCACCGCCACAUCCGCCGUCAUCGCCGCCACCGAAACCUGUUUACUACUCUCCGCCGUCGGUCUACUUUUCGAAUAAAUCACCGCCACCGCCGCAGCCAUCACCUGACUACUCGUUGGGAUCGCCUCCACCACCAUACAACUACCUGAACGUCCCAUCUGCGCCAUCGCCGCCGUCUGGACAGUCGAGGGGUGGCUACUCCUAUCCUUAUUACUACUUCUACUCAUCUAGCUCACCACCAAGACUGCUCACCUUCUUCACAAGCUUUUGGGUAGUUUUACUCUUCUCUCCUGUUGUGUUUCUUAUGUGGUGGUGAAUUUACAAGUUUGGUUGGAGAAAAAAGGGUGUGUAGGUGAUGUUGUUGCACCACAUGCAAUUAACACUCCCAACUUGUAUGAUGUUUGUAAGAAAAUGGGGUAUUUUUCCUUUCUUUUUGUUAAUAACUUGGUUUAUUGUACUACAAGAUUGCAUGGGAACUUCAAUACCUUUCA